AUGGCACCACAUCAUGCCUUCAAGUCCCCGGAUAAGAAUAAUGAGCUUCUGCAGGAGUCCCGUUCUACGCAGUACUUUAUACUUCCUCUUUUGCAUUUGCAUCAACACAUGAAAUUUCUCAAAGGCAUUGGCAAGUCGAAAAAGCUCUGGUAA